ACUGGUGUAGGUGGUAUGGCCGGAUUAAACCAUGACUGGGGGAGGGGCGAUUUUUGUGUUUUAUUCUCUCCAGCGAGAAGCCAUUUAUAUAAUAUUUCUAUCAUUAUACAUAUAAAAAACGUAGAAGAACGCCCAUAGCAUAGGAGUCAUGGUAGCAUAAUACGUCCCAAAUUGAAAUGGAUGAUGUCUGUUCCCUGCACAUGUUCCUAGUUUCUGGGUGCCAUUACACAUAUUGGUGUGACUGUAGAGUUACCACCUUAUCUGAAAAACGCACUCAUUAUUGUGUUUUGAAUCUUCCUUCUUAAUGACAUUGCCAUAUAAUAUACUGGCUACCAGUGAGGCUACAAUCUCUCAUACAGCUGAGGAUUUGGAGCCUGCUGACGUUACAUUUUAGCCCAUUUGUGUGCUGGAACAUAUGCUUUUUCCUUAGCAGAAGCUAAUUAGGCUCUCUCUGGCUGCAAUAAACUACAUAUCCCAGCAUCCCCUAAUAGCUGAAGCAUGCUGGAAGUUGUGUACAAUCUGGAAACCUUCCUGUGUUUUUCUUCCUUACAAAAGAACAAAAAAAAAAAAAUAAACUACUGUUCUUUUGAAAAGGCAAAGAUUAUUGGUUUUUGUUUAUUUUUAUGCAUUUUUUUUCCUCUUUGCAUGAGGAAUAUUGUAUAGUUGUAACAAAUUGUAUGUGUUGCAACAUAUUUUGCCUGUAAUGGAACUGCAACAUAAAUAAACUCGCUGCACCACGGAACGCUGUGAUUGGCUGUCGGAGACACACCUCGACCAUGAUCUUUUGGCUUGCCCAGAAGUUCCUUCAAUCCUGCUGACUCAAAAUGCUAUAUCCAAAGCAACAGCAGAGGAAUGUUCCCUGAUGGGCCCCCGGCGGGCCUUCUGAUUGGUUGUCGGAGACACACCUCAAAAUGUACUGUGCUGGCUGCUGCAGAAACUUCUAUCUGUCCCUCAGUCAAAUGCAGGAUUUUCAGCCAGCGAGACACCAGCAGGGAUGUCCUAAGCACCCUGCAUGGACCACUUCUGGAGUAUUUUCCACUGUUUCAACGUUAUUUGCACAAUGUACCGCUUUGACUUCAUUCGUUCCAAUUAACUUUCCGGAACCCAGUUGCUUGAUUGAGGAUGGGGAUAGUAAUAUUCCUCCGCCUUCUUUGCCCCCUUCCUCUUCCACUGAGAAAGUCCCUGUGGUGAAAGCUAAAGCCACUUCUAUCAUCAUGAACUCUCUUAUGACAAAGCAUACACAGGAGAGCAUUCAACGCUUCGAACAGCAGGCGGGCCUCAGAGAUGCUGGGUAUACGCCACACAAGGGCCUCACUUCUGAAGAGACCAAAUACCACCGCGUGGCAGAAGCCCUGCAUAAACUUAAUAUGCACAUUGGAGAAUCCACUGAAGAGAAACAAAGUUCAUCUGCCCAGUCAACUCCUUGCAGCACUCCCAGCUCUUCUCCUAAGCAAAUGCGCAGAUCGUGGUUCAGUCAGGGAUCCACCAGCUCUCUCCCAGCUGGGGAUUUAAGCAACUCUGAUGGAGGAGUGGAUAAAUGGAGUAUGUUUGGCCCUCGUGCUGUACAGAAAUCCACCACAGAUCCAGGAGGUUUCACUGUCCAGCCUUAUAAAGGUGCUCAGAAGCCAACCCCUAUGGAGCUGAUGCGAGCACAAGCUUCGAGGAUAUCUGAUGAUCCUGCUGCUUUGAAACCCCCCAAGAUGGAAAUGCCUUCAUUGGUUUCAGGAACUAAGAACAUUCCCCGUGGCCACAAUCUAAAACCUCGUGACAUGAACAUACUAACUCCAACAGGAUUCUAACUAUCUAGCUGAUCUGGUCUAUUGCCCUCCUGCAGCUUUUCAUUAAAGGGAGACUAGCAACACCUUUUCUAUGGCUUCUCCUCUCUGAAGAUGACUAGUGAUAUACAUCUGGCAUUAACUCUUACUUUCUGGACUCGAGCUUUCCAUCUUGAUGAGGAUUUUAUUUGUAAGCCUUUAGCACUCUGUAUACAUGUGUAAACAAAAAACUCUCUAAAAUGUCCUCUAUGCUAGAGCAUUAGACUGCCAGGUAAACCACUGUAUAACUACGAACACGCUGGUAGUUGGUAGCCAAUACCACAUCUUUCGGUAUUAUUCACCUUAAACAACCACUUUUUCCAGUUAGAUCAGAAAUUGAUACUUGCUGCACCUUUCAUCAGGGUAGUUAUCAACAGACCUAUUCUGUUCAAGUAACCUCAUUGUUUAUUUUAUUUAGGCCACCAUCUCAAAAGAUACCACAGAUUUUUUUUAUUUUAUGUAGAUAUGUAAUUAUAGUGGACUUUUUCAUUUUUGUGGACUGCUUCCUUGCCUAGAGCAUAUCUUAAAACAUUUAGGUUAUCGAGUCUACAUUUCACUACAUACCGCAAUAACAGGAUCCUGGGGUUCUGGUAGAAGCAUGAUUGUGUUGGUUCUUGUUCAUAGGUAUAAUCAUUAAAUUGUGACAUCAAAUAUACUUAAAGCAAGUAACCCUACACCUGACUCAGGAAAAAAGGUUUCAUUUCUUCUCCCUUAAUGUACUGUUGAAUACAAAGGACGUUGUAGCUUUAUUCCAGUUUCGAAACUUGCACUCGGUUCUCUAAGAACUAAUUUAUUAAUUUUUUUUCGUGCUUAUGUGUAUUUUUUUUAAUUGUGCCUAAUUUUAUGCUUCACAAUAAAAAAAACAAACAUUUUGUUUGA